AUGACAGUGGUGCCGACAGAGGAGAAUUUUGAAGACGGCGGCUCGAAGCGCGCCAGAGAAGAAGAAGAAGAAGAAGAAGAAGAGCCGGACGAAAGAAGAGAGAAAAAAGCAAAAAUCGAGGAUGCGAAGACUGUCGAGAGUUCGGGAGACGAUGACGGGAAAAUGGAGGAGGAUGUGAAGGAAUCGGGUCGGGCUGCCGUCGGCCUGAAAACGUUUGGGUAUUCCGUGGAGAUCUUUGAUUACUUCUUUAAGCUUCUCCAUGCUUGGCCGCCUAAUCUCAACAUUAACAAGUAUGAACACAUAAUGCUGCUAGAACUCCUCCAGAAGGGCCACCACUCGGAUGCUGAGAGGAAAAUCGGCAAAGGGAUUAAAGCCUUUCAAGUCUGUUUUCAUCCUCGGUUUAAGAGCCGCUAUUUUUUCCUGACUAGGGAAGAUGGUUCGACCUAUGAUUUCAGCUUCAGAAAGUGUGUGGACCACAUUUUGCCUUUGUCUGAAAACAUGCAGAUAAAAGACGACACCAACAAGGCCUUGCGUGGGAAAGGAGGUGGCCGUGGCCGAGGUAGGAAAUGGAGGUAA